AUGCAUGAUACAAUUGGAAUUCCUGCUUGCUUUUCAUCUGGUACUCAAAGGCCGGUUGAUGAUCCAAAUCCAACCAGCGUGAUCAGGGCAGGACAGAGUGUGUUCAUGUCAGUGUACAGCACAAAGAUAGCUGGUCAGUGCCGUCUGAUCACCAUCACUUGGUGCAAGAAUUUGUUGCUACAUGGCCUCUCUGUUUCUGUUCAAGGCCAAUAUGGAGACGAAGAUUAUCGGUGUAAGGUUGAGCUGAAGCCGUGGUACUUUUGGAGGAAGCAAGGCUCCAAGCAAUUUCUGGUGGAUGGCAGCACAGUUGAUGUGGUCUGGGACCUAAAAGCUGCAAAAUUCAACGGAGAAACCGAGCCGCGAUCGGACUAUUAUGUGGCUAUUGUGUGUGAAGAGGAGGUGGUGUUGCUUGUUGGUGAUCAAAAGAAAGAUGCAUACAGAAGAACAGGUUGCAGGCCAUCACUCAUAGAACCCAUCUUGGUUUCAAGGAAGGAACAUUUGUUUGGCAAGAAGAGAUACUCAACAAGAAUCAAGUUCCAUGAAAAGGAAAGCUUUCAUGAGAUUUUGAUUGAGUGCAACAACAUCUCUGCCACUGGGGCUGAUCCAGAACUGGAGAUAAAGAUAGAUGGGAGCAUAGCUCUCCAUGUCAAGCACCUCCAUUGGAAAUUCAGAGGUAAUGAGUGUGUUGAUAUAAACAAAACUAAAGUUGAAGUUUAUUGGGAUGUUCAUGAUUGGCUCUUCAGCUCUGGGGCAAGGCAUGGAAUGUUCAUUUUCAAGCCAAUAUCAUCUUCAUCACCAGAAACUGCGCAGUCAACCCAAGAACAAGAGUUGACUGAAAAGUCAAGUUGUGCAGCAGAAGAAGAGGAUGAGAAGGCAGGUGGGUCAUCUGUAUUUUCCUUAUUCGUUUAUGCUUGGAAGGUGGAAUGA